AGCAUCUAACGAAACCAACGCUGCCAUUCAAGAUUAACGCAACACUGCAACGCCAACGUAACGGUGGCGGAGGAGGAGGCGGGCAUGUAUUAGCUACCGCCCACACCACCACCACGACAGCGGCGGCACCGCAGCAGCCGCAUACAACAACGCAAUUACCGAGUGCAGGAGCAACAACAACAGUCACUACCGCUGCAGCCAGUGCGGAGUACGCAGCAGCAACAGCAGACACAUGUGUUGUCAAACAGCACGCACUGCAGCAACAACAACAACAAACACAGCCACAAACACAACAACAACAGUACUAUCACACACAACGCCAUUUAGCGUUAUUGGUGCGCAGUAGCAGCAGAUUUGCUGCUGCCGCUGCCACAGUCGCCGCCGCCAUUUUUGCUGCUGCCAGCGUAGCGUGCGCUGGCAUUUUGGCGGGCGCCACAUCCACGCCCACACCCGCCAACGCCGCUGCCGCCACUGCCUCAGCUACAACCGCAACCGCAACAACUGCAACCACAACCGCUUCAUCCUCAACGGCCAAAUCGACCUCCUCGCAUGACAGUACAAAUGCUCGUAUCGCUGUGAGUGCGGCAACUGCGGCCAAUACAAUAAGUAGCAGCAACAGCGGCGGCGUCGCAAACGCAAUUUCUACGCAGCAGUGUUUAGUUGCUGCUGCUGCUGUUGAAUUCUAUACAAUACAGCGGACAGGCAUAUCGCGUAACGCAACUACUUGCUCUACGUACACAUCCGCGUCAUGUGACAAAUCGAACGGUAGUCGAACUCGUAGUAGAAAAAAGUGUCGUGUACGCGAUCGUGAUCGCGGUCGUGUUCGUUGGCGUUCGGCGUACGUCAGUAGUGUUGAUAGCGUUCGUGAUAGCUGUGUGAGUGAGCGUCUUAAUGAGUUGAGUGUUGCUGGUGGCAACGAGGUGAACGUUGGGCGGCGAACAAAGCGUUACGAGCGCAAAAUUGGCGCAAGGCUGCGAUUUGUAGGCGAUGCAACGUUUUGCGGAAGAAGUGGGUGGACCUGGCCUAAGAUGGGGAGCGUGCUAUUCACAGCUGUGUUCAUAGCGUUACAUUUUGCCACCGGCGGCCUGGCCAACCCAGAUGCAAAACGUUUAUAUGACGAUCUUUUAAGCAAUUACAAUCGUUUAAUCAGGCCAGUGGGCAAUAAUUCCGAUCGUUUAACGGUCAAAAUGGGUCUACGGCUAUCGCAGUUGAUAGAUGUUAAUUUGAAAAAUCAAAUCAUGACGACGAACGUGUGGGUGGAGCAGGAAUGGAAUGACUACAAAUUAAAAUGGAAUCCUGACGAUUACGGCGGUGUGGAUACGUUGCACGUGCCAUCCGAACACAUUUGGCUGCCGGAUAUUGUGCUAUAUAAUAACGCUGACGGCAAUUACGAAGUGACAAUAAUGACAAAAGCAAUUUUACAUCACACCGGCAAAGUGGUGUGGAAGCCGCCCGCCAUUUACAAAUCGUUUUGCGAAAUCGAUGUCGAAUAUUUUCCAUUCGACGAGCAGACGUGUUUCAUGAAAUUCGGCUCAUGGACAUACGAUGGUUAUAUGGUGGAUCUACGGCAUUUGAAGCAAACAGCGGAUUCGGAUAACAUCGAAGUGGGCAUCGAUCUGCAGGACUACUACAUCUCUGUAGAGUGGGAUAUAAUGCGUGUGCCGGCCGUGCGUAAUGAGAAAUUCUAUAGUUGUUGUGAAGAGCCCUAUUUGGAUAUCGUUUUCAAUCUGACGUUGCGUCGCAAAACACUCUUCUACACUGUCAAUCUAAUCAUACCAUGUGUGGGUAUCUCAUUCCUAUCGGUGUUGGUCUUCUAUUUGCCCAGCGAUUCCGGCGAGAAGAUCUCACUUUGUAUCAGCAUUUUACUAUCGUUGACUGUGUUUUUUCUCCUGCUCGCCGAAAUUAUACCGCCAACAUCGCUGACGGUGCCGUUACUGGGCAAAUAUUUGCUCUUCACUAUGAUGUUGGUGACACUGUCGGUUGUGGUCACCAUUGCGGUGCUUAAUGUUAACUUUAGAUCGCCUGUGACGCAUAAAAUGGCGCCAUGGGUACAGCGUUUAUUUAUACAAAUUUUACCCAAACUCCUUUGCAUCGAACGACCGAAAAAAGAGGAAGCCAACGAGGACGAUCAACCGCCCGAAGUGCUAACCGAUGUGUUCCAUUUGCCACCGGAUGUGGAUAAAUUCGUGAAUUACGAUUCCAAGCGAUUUAGUGGCGAUUAUGGUAUACCAGCACUUCCUGCCUCACAUCGUUUCGACUUAGCUGCAGCGGGCGGCAUAGCGCCCUGUUUUGGUGAUCCGCCCCUACCCUCAGCACUGCCACUGCCCGGCGCCGAUGACGACCUCUUCAGUCCAUCGGGCAAUGGGGAUAUCAGUCCCGGCUGUUGUCAUGCCGACCUAAGUCCGACCUUCGACAAGCCGUACAUGCGCGAAAUGGAGAAGACAAUCGAGGGCUCGCGAUUUAUAGCGCAACAUGUGAAAAACAAGGAUAAAUUUGAGAGCGUGGAGGAAGAUUGGAAAUAUGUUGCUAUGGUAUUGGAUCGUCUAUUCCUGUGGAUCUUCGCGAUUGCAUGUGUGGUCGGCACAGCGCUGAUUAUCCUGCAAGCGCCCAGUUUGUACGAUCAAUCACAACCGAUCGAUAUUUUAUAUUCCAAAAUCGCUAAGAAGAAGUUCGAACUGCUAAAAAUGGGCAGUGAGAAUAGCUUAUAGCGACCGCUUGGGUUCGCAGCGGGCUGGUGGAACUUAAUCACCAGCUCGAUGCGAACCCUCUUCGCCGCACGCGAUGACGAUCGCGGAUAAUACAACGAUGCCAUUGCAAUGGUCGAACGUAUUUUACAAAAUUUUAUUGGUGCUGGCGAAGGACAACAAGACGACGAAAUAGUAAAAAAUGUUAACAUAACUAAUGAUAAAUACCCAAUACACGAUCAACAAGCUGAACAAAUAACAAAUGAAGAGUUUAAUAAAACCGAUAACAUAGCCGAAGUAGUUAAUAACGAUGAAGCGUCUAACGUCCUAAAACAAAACAAACUAAAUAAAAAUGCUAAAACGCAAUUGAAAAUACUAGUUGUUAAAGCAGCAGAAAAGCAAAACGUAAGCGAGGACAGUGUUGCAUUCGAUGGGCGUGGCGUUGGUUAUGAGCGACUUAAGGUAAUUUUGCGCGGUGAAAUUGUUACGGAAAAUACUACAGCGCGUGUUGUUGAAGAGCAAUUGAUCAAAAUAAAAUUGUUGCCAUAAAGUAGUUGAGAAUUAGUAAAUUAAAAUAGAAAACAUCAGGAGUGUGUAGAGAAGGCGUAAAAUCAGUUGAUAUGUAUAUGCAUACUUAAGCAAGCGUAUGUACAUAUGAGUGAGAGAGAAAGAGAGUGAGAGCGAGUAAAGUGAGUUUCACUCAAGAGCGCAAGCUUAACUGUUUGUAAAGUGUAACACUUGAGCCUAACGUGCUGCAUAUGGUAGAGUAUAUUUGCAAAAACAAAGCUCACUCAGCCAUCCAGGAAUGUUUAAAAUUAAUAAACACACAAAAAAUAUUAAACAAAAAUAUUAUUAAACAAAAAUUAAUAGAUAAUAACACAAAGAGCUAAAAAUCACGUUACUAAUUAACUAACUAAUUUAACGUAUGAAAAAUGUUUACUAAACAGCUGAAAAGUAACUACAAAAUUAAACGAGUUUAUAGGUAUGUAUUCAGUAUGUGUAUGUAUGAUUAGGUAUAUGAAAUAAAACCACAAACAAAACAAACAAUUGUUGUAGUUGAACAAUCAUCAACAAAUGCCACAUUUUUUUCUACCGAAGACGCAAGUGUAAAACGACGAAUAAAUUAGUUCUUAAGUAUAAAUAAAAAUAAGAGCAAAAGUAAUUAGUUAAAAAUACAUAGAACAGUUACAGUUAGGCACAAUAGUUUGCCGACUAAUUGAGCGCUGUUGGAUGUGGCGAGUGAGCGCGUAGUGACAUGAGUAAGAUAAUGUAGGUGGGAGAGGCAGAGAGAGAGCGUGAGAAAGUGUAUUGCUUAUGACAGAAACUACGCUCUUUCCCUCUAACACGGUCGGCAAAAAUGAAGAUCCUGUUAUACUAAUUAUAAUAUUAUUUUUUGCAUAAAAUAUGCAAGCGCAAUGCAAAAAACGCGCUGCAGAAAAGGUUUUAUAAUUAGAGUAAUUUAUUUACAAUUUUUUUUUUUUUAAUUUAUUUACUCUCUUUCUUUGUGUUUGAGUUCACAUAAAGUAUAGCAAUAAUUGAAAUAAGUGCAAAAUUUUUAAAUUCAUCGACUGAAUGUGCUUAUGUCUACAUAAUUGUAUGUAUAAGUAAUAAAAUAUGUGUGUACACACCUUAAGAUUAAACAAAAAAAAAAUAAUAAUAAUUAACAUAAAAAUGCCAACAAAAUGCAGUGUAAUUACCGAGUUAAUCAACAAAAAUUAAAAAAUAUAUGUAUUUUUAACUUUAAGUACAUAUGUAAAUUAAUUUUAACAUAAGCACUAAAACAAUUUGCUCUUGUGGCAGAUAGAAGUGUCACGUGGCAAAAUAAAUAACUACACAAAGCACGUUUUGUUUGCAGACACUUUUUCAUUUCACAUAGCCAUAAAUGUAUGUAAAUUAACUUUGUAAAAAUAAGAAAAAAAAAUAAAAAAAGAGAUAAACAAUAUAAAAAGUAUUUGUUGGCGACAGGCAACAGAUCGAAAGCGUAAAUUCUGAAAUUAAUUUAGAUAAUGGACCAAAACGAAAAUCUAUUGUGACAUACAGCAACAAACUAUUAGGAAGAUCACAUAAAGCGAAACAAACACAAAAAUAUGUUAAUAAAUAUUUUUUAAACUCCAGCUCGAUCGACUAAGUGUAUAUACGUACGUUCAAUAAAAAAAAAAUAAAAAAAAGUUUGAUUCCUUUAACUUUUUUGUAUCAAGUAAUUAAAAAUGAUUUUAAUUUUGGGAAG